GCAGGAGGGUGUGUGUGAGAGUGAGUGAGUGUGUGUGUGUGCGCGCGCUGUCCCUGACCAAUACAUAGGCUACAGAUACACGGGAUGGAGAUGAUGAGACUCUGCUAGGACGAGUGAACCUUCUAGAUUGGAUAAAUUUCGGGAUCGGACCUGAAUCAGCGUGUUUGCGCUAGGACUCUCCAUCUGGGUCUAUUAACGGGACAUAUCUGCCUAUAUAGCCUACAUAUAGAAGAAUAUCUCCGUCUCUCUAUAUAAUGCCGACACAUAUAAGAUUUCGGAGAAGGUCAUUUCUCGGGCUUUUAUUUCUCUUCUCGCUCUCCACUUCUGCACUGUACUUCAUCUAUUCAGCUCCUGGAAUAGUUAAUGAAUACCUGUUCAUGGCUCAGGCCCGCGGAAUUCAGAUCCGUGAAAAUGUGAGGAAUAUGGGAGCUCAAGUUCUUGAGCAGAUGGUCCGCACUGCAUAUAACAUCAACGGCACAGACUACCCAUAUGAGUUUAACUUCAAUGAGACAGAUGUUCCUACCACUCCUUACCUCCCGGAUGGCUUCACAUACAAGCCCGAUCAGGUCUGCCCGGAGAAACUGCCGUCCAUGAAGGGCAGACUGAAGGUGAACAUGAGUGAGAUUGCUCUAUCGGAUGUUGAGAAACUUCUCGAGCAGGCAGAUCCAAGUCUGUCUCUCGGAGGCCACUGGAAACCUCACGACUGUCUCCCACGCUGGAAGGUGGCCAUCUUGGUUCCUUUCCGAAAUCGCCAUGAGCACCUUCCGAUACUUUUCCGACAUCUGAUCCCAGCACUGCAGAGGCAGAGAUUGCAAUUCGGCUUCUACAUCAUUGAACAGGCAGGAAAUGAACCGUUCAAUCGUGCCAUGCUGUUUAAUGUCGGUUUCAAAGAGGCCAUGAAGGACUUGAACUGGGACUGCUUAAUAUUCCACGAUGUUGACCACAUUCUGGAAAAUGACCGCAACUACUAUGGUUGUGGUGAAAUGCCAAGACAUUUUGCGGUCCAACUCAACAAGUACUCUUACAUGCUUCCAUAUGAGGAGUUCUUUGGUGGGGUGAGUGGGAUGACCGUGGAACAGUUCCAAAAGAUAAAUGGCUUUCCCAAUGCUUUCUGGGGCUGGGGAGGGGAAGACGACGACCUUUGGAACAGGGUUCAGUUUGCUGGCUACAAAGUGAGUCGACCUCAUGGAGAACUUGGUCGUUACAUGUCUAUACCACACCACCACCGAGGGGAAGUCCAGUUUCUGGGCAGAUACAAGUUGCUCCGUAGAUCCAAGGAAAGACAGAGUCUGGACGGCCUGAAUAACUUGAAUUACUCCCCUCUAGUGUCCCGGAAGAGUCUUUAUACAAAUGUGUCAGUGACACUCAGUCGAGACCUGGCCCCCAUUGCUGAUUACUGACAUCAUACGAGGGACGGGCAGGAGAGACACAUGCUACAUGCUACACCAGUUUAAUUUUUUUAAGUUAAUUUUUUAGGGGGGAAUCCUCUUUUUUUUUUAAUUUAUUUAAUUUUUUACAUUUUUUCUUUUCUACCUAAUUUUUGUACCUAAUUUCAUCACAUUUUACCUUUUAUUUUUCCUUUGUCACUCAUCCACUGUCUGUCUAUCAUGUAAAUUGAUCUGUUCUGGAAUCCAAAACCCCAACUGCUGGACCAAUCAGAUCCGAUGUAGUGUGUUUUCUAAUCAGACUUUGCCAGGGAGAUGAAGUCACACGUUUACAGCAUGAAUGAGAAAAGCUAUUGAACAAGUCAAUGACAGUUAUGCUAAACGACUUCAGAAUAGCUAUUGCAGGGUUUGGGGAAUAUGCCCUUUUCUCUGCCAGAAAAAAACACAGCUGGUUCUGUGUAUUAGAAUAUCAACCAAUAAAUGCAGAUAAAAAAAAAAAAAACAUUUAAUA